AUGGCGAGCUCAGAGAUGAUCGCCGAACUGGCAGCGCGACUCCGUCACCUCGCCGAUGGCAUAUCAACCGACUGCAUCGAAGACACUCGUGAAGAGUCCAGGAAUGCACUUCGUACGGCUGCAAUGGAGUUGGAGCAAGGUGUCGUCAAGAGGCACUCACAGGAUGACUCUUAUGUACUGGUGCUGGUUGAUGCGCAUAGCCACCCGUUCAACGAUGAGAUCCUCUAUCGAUCCACCGACCUGAGCUACCCCGCCUUAGACCGCGACAACCCAUUUAACAUCAAGAAGCGACUUUACGAAUCGAUUCGGAAGCACUUGAUCGAUAUAUCCUCCACAGCUUCUCCUCACACAAACACUCAGGGCCACUCAAUUCAGGUUUCCUCUGUAGCGACACUUGGCAAUUUUCGGAUCGUGGUGCGUGUCUACGCCGACACUACGAAGAUAAAGAACGAUCUGCUAUGCCCUUUGCAGCAGUUUGCUGCUCAAUUCUCCUCUGUGGAUUGUGGCUUCGACCUUGUCCGCGUUAGAACUGAGGCUAUAGUGGAGCUCAAGGUCGUUGGUGAGUGA